AUGCCUAGUGCACUCCCGGCAGCGCCGUUUAUCGCCCUCAUUCUUCUUCUCUUGACGGUCCCGCACCACUGGCGGAUGCGCAGUUUCCCGACGCUGGCGAUAAUAGUGUGGCUUUCGCUGCAUAAUCUCAUAGAGGGGGUGAGCGCGGCAGUCUGGGACGGGAAUGUAGACCCCCGGGGGCUGCCGGCGAAGGUCUAUUGCGAUAUCACCACGAAACUGCUCCUGGGGGCGGAGGUCGGCUUGCCGGGGUGCUGCCUGUGUCUUGCGAGAAGACUAUACAGGAUUGUGUCUGGAUACGGCGAGCUCUCUGGUGCGGAGCGCUGUCUAUAUGACCGCGUCAUCGACAUUUGGCUUUGCUGGGGGAUGCCAAUCCUAGUCAUGGCUCUUCAUAUCAUCGUCCAGGGUCACCGUUUUGACCUUAUCGAGGACAUCGGUUGCCAACCCGCGAUAUACUUCUCGUGGCCGUCGCUCCUUAUCCUCAACCUCACCGUCUUCCUCUCCGGCAUUCUUUCUCCUGUCUACUCCGCCUGUACCUUCUACAAACUUUAUACCCGUCACCGCACUGUCCGCGUGCGCAUCCAGUACCACAGCAACAGCGCUGGCAGCAAGUAUGCCAUGACUUUCGAGUCUUUUGUUCGCCUGGUUAUCAUCACCUUCCUUAUAGGCACACUCACGACCGCGUUCGUAGCUUACGUUGCAUACAGCGCGUUCUCUGAGGAGGGCCUGCAGCCAUGGACCUCGUGGGCCGACGUGCAUGAUGGAUUUGGCAACAUCUGGCAGUAUCAUCUCGUGGACUUCGAACAUGAAGACCUCGUGGAGCUGUAUCUCUUCUGGUGGCUCUGGCCUGCCGGUAGCGCGGUGUUUUUCGUGUUUUUUGGGCUCAGCGCAGAGGCGCGGGCGGAGUGGCGGGAGCUGUUCGGGCGGCUGGGCCUCACACGCCAGAGGUCCGCAACAGUAACCUUCUCGGUGGACAGUUUCAAGUUUGACUCGGCCUCGGACGCAGAGAAGGGCACAGCUUGGAGCGCGGUUAUGGAUGUGAAGCACGAAUCACUCCCGCCCACGCCCCCGCCAAAGCCUCCGAAGCCCAAGCCAGCCGUGAAGCCGCUGGAGGUGCUGGUAACAGUGAGCGUCGAGGCGCCCGUUAUACGGCUCCUCCCGGUCCGGCCGCUGCCGCGUCCCCCGCCGCGUGUGGCCGGCGAGUAG